CUUAACCAUAACAAGUCAGGGAAAACUGCACACGACUUCUUACGGCGGCGCAUCGCCAUGGCCGACGAAACACUCAAUCAAGCCGAAACCGCCGCCAACGACGAAAAGUCCGAAUCUUGGGCCCAGCUAGCGUGGACCCACUUGGAAUGUGUACGGAAUUCGUCUUCACCGCCGCUAAUUCAGUGCAUCACAAACCUCGUCUCCAUGGAUUUGGUCGCUAACGUCCUGCUCUCCGCCGGCGCUUCUCCGGCUAUGAUACACUCCGUCGAAGAGAUCCCAGACUUCACGCCCAAGGUCCACGCUCUCUACAUCAACGUCGGAACCCUCACGCCCGCCUGGCUACCGGCGAUGAAGAUGGCCGCGGCCGUCGCCAAUGAGUCCAAUAGGCCGUGGAUUCUCGACCCCGUCGCCGCCGGAGCUUCCGCUUUCCGGCUGAAGGCGUGCUUGGAGCUGCUUACUCUGGGGCCCACUGUUGUUAGGGGCAAUGGCUCUGAGAUUUUGGUGCUUUUUAAUGGCUCUGCUAAUGCCAAUUUUAAGGGCGCGGACAGCAUGCAUGAAUCAACGGAUGCCAUUGAGGCAGCAAAGUCCCUGGCCCGAACCUAUGGGUGCAUAGUUGCAGUGUCUGGAGCCGUGGACAUAGUCACGGAUGGGGAGCGCGUCGUGGGUGCCAAAAACGGGGUUCCUAUUCUGCAGAAGAUUACAGCAACGGGAUGCGCGGUGACAGCCCUCAUUGCUGCUUUCGUGGCAGUGACUCCAUCACAGCCGUUCGAAGCCACUGCUGCUGCACUGUCCGUGUUUGGCGUUGCUGGCGAACUAGGCAUGUGCUCUGCUGGAGGUCCAGGCUCGCUGCGGAUGCAUUUGAUUGAUGCGCUUCACAGCCUUGAUCGAACUGCUGUUCUUCAAAGAGCGAAAAUCGCCAACGUUUCGUGAUAUGUAUCAUAGGAAGGAAAGCUGAAAGAUGAACAAUGUAUAUUGUUGUUAUGAAUCUUAUGUUAAAUAAUCUAUGGUUAUGUUUUCGUUUUCA